AUGAACAACAACAACUUUAACGAAAAUUUAAUAUAUACAAAUAAACAGAAUCAUAAUUUCAAUAUAAAUAACUCACCAUUCAAUAACAAUUACAAUUUUCCAAUUUUUCCAACUUUUGAAAAUUUCAAUACCAACGAAUAUACAAAACACCAAUCAAUUUCAAAAUGUAGUCAAACCAAUAAUGAUAAUCAAUUUCAAAAUAAUAAUCUAGGUAUUUUAGAAUUUCAAAAUCAACACCCAAAUCAUGAAUUAACAUUCCAUGCAUUAAAUGAUCAACUUACUUUUGGUAAUGAGAUUUCAUGUCCCAAUCAAUCUAUAUUUAAAGAUAAUUCCAGUUUUUCAAGCGAUUCAUCAACUCAUUUUAAUAUUUUAAAUUGCUCAAAUGAUUUUAUUCAGCAUAAAAAUAAUAAUAAUAAUAAUAAUAAUAAUAAUAAUAAUAAUAAUAAUAAUAAUAAUAAUAAUAAUAAUAGUAAUUGUUAUGAAAAAAUUGAAAUUUAUGAUGGAAUAGGUUGUAGUUUUAGUGAUACAAAUUCAAUUUCAAGUAUUUUAAAUGAAAAUGCUGAAUUUAAUUAUGACAAAGUAAUAGAUACAAAUUAUGAUAAUAUUUUAAAAAUAAACAAUAAUUAUAAAAAUAAUAAAGAAAUUAAUGAUACAGAAGUAAAUAAUAAUAAUAGUAUUAACAUAACCAAUUAUAAUAAUUUAAAUAACAAUAGUAAUGAAAUCGAAAUUCCAAAUCUAAUUUUAUUGAAUAGCAUUGAUAUAAUUCAACAGGCUUCAUAUAAUAAUAAUUAUAAUAAUAAUAAUAACAAUAAUAUGAUUUCAAAUAAUUUUAUCAAUUUCAAUAAUAAUGAAAAUUUUAUUAAUUCAACUCAAUCAAUUGAUUUACCAAACAUAAUUAUGAAAUCAAAUUUUGGAUAUGUUAAAAAAAAUAAUUUUCGUAAAAGAGUAACAAAAGAUUUUACAAAAGAUAUUUUUAUAAAAACAAAACCAAGUGGAAAAUGUAAUUGUUUAUCAUUAAAUAACAAAUUACAAAAAUGUGGUGGUUGUGGAUGUGGUUGUAGAAAAUCUGGAAAUAAAUGUAAUGGUCGUUGUAGUUGUAAUGGUAGUUGUUCAAAUGGUAUUGAAAAUGAUUUAAUAUUCUUCAAAGUUUGGAGAUUAAAACCAAUUAAUUCAUUAAUAUUUUUAUUUGUUAAACAAAAUAAUAAAAAUAAUAAUAAUAAAAAUAAUAAUAAUUUAAUUCAAGACGAUAUUUCAAUAGGCAGUCCAACAAUCAAUAAUGAAUUCAAACCAUGGAAAUGA